UUUCACUUACAGCCCCAGUGAUCAUGCCGCAUCCCCCUCUCUCUCUGUCCUCUCCUCUGCCUGUCUGCUUUCGUUUGCAUAUUUCUUCAUCAAACUGACUGUUUUUUUUAGUGCCAGCCGAACUGCAUUCGCCUGUUUUUGGAAAAAGGACAUUUAGAUGCGGGACGCUGGGUAUUUUUCACCUUGCAGCUCACUCAUUUGGACGGCAUUCGGAAGGUCGUCCGGUUCCGUCCUGGAGUUUCAGGAAUACAUCGAUCAUCUGGUUUGCAGCCCACCAGAGUCCCGGAGUCUGUUGCAUAGCUGUGCGUUUCCUGCGGUGCACUCGGACUGCUCUUAUAGUCUCAGUGAGGAGCGUGGGCUGAAGAAAACCCCCUCAGCCCGUCAUCAGCCAGAGGAGGAACACCGUUGAGGGUCAGUUCAGAUCAGUGGAGGGGAAAGCGUGACAAAAGGAGGCAAAACAAAGAGAAGAGUGAAGGGCACAGCAGCAUCGCACAGGUUAAGUAGAGCAUCAAACGGCGGGAUCAGCUCCUGUUGGGAAAGAGAGCAAGAGUUUUAGAAAGAGAGAGGCAGGCUUUGAUUUGUGAACUAGUGACUAUAAACUCCUCAGUAUUUGAGAGCCAAUCCAGAACUCCAUCCUGAUUCUCUUGGACUUCCAGGACAAGCUGUGUCGGUUUUUCCUACUCAAGUUCCUUUGCAGUUAACAGCCAUGCAGGUGUCCUUCGCGUGUACGGAUCACGGGUUGAAGGCCCCACGCACCAGCGAGCCCAACAAGCAGAACACCUCGAGUCCGAACACGGCCAGCGCGGCACGGGCACGGUUCCGAACGGUGGCGCUGAUCGCCCGGAGCCUGGGCUCCUUUACACACAGGCACCACAUUUCCCUGAAAGAGUCCACCGGAAAACUCACCGGCAUGAAGUACAGGAAUCUUGGGAAGUCAGGACUGCGAGUGUCAUGUCUUGGACUCGGCACAUGGGUGACAUUUGGGGGACAGAUUUCAGAUGAGGUGGCAGAGCAACUGAUGACUAUAGCCUAUGAAAACGGGGUCAACCUCUUUGACACUGCAGAGGUCUAUUCAGCUGGGAAGGCUGAAAUAAUCCUAGGAAACAUUAUCAAGAAGAAAUGUUGGCGGAGAUCCAGUCUGGUUAUCACCACUAAACUGUACUGGGGAGGAAAGGCAGAGACAGAGCGUGGGCUCUCUAGGAAGCACAUUAUUGAAGGUCUGAAGGGUUCUUUGCAGAGGUUACAGUUGGAGUAUGUGGACGUGGUUUUUGCCAAUCGCCCCGACUGCAACACUCCAAUGGAGGAGAUAGUGAGAGCCAUGACACAUGUCAUUAACCAUGGCAUGUCCAUGUACUGGGGCACGUCACGCUGGUCAGCGAUGGAGAUCAUGGAGGCAUAUUCUGUAGCGAGGCAGUUUAAUCUGAUUCCUCCUGUGUGUGAACGCGAAUAUCAUUUAUUCCAGAGGGAUAAAGUGGAAAUGCAGUUGCCAGAGCUUUACCAUAAGAUUGGUGUUGGAGUGGUUUCCUGGUCUCCUCUAGCCUGUGGCAUCAUCACAGGGAAAUAUGAAAACGGCAUCCCAGAAUCCUCCAGGGCCUCUUUGAAGUCAUACCAGUGGCUGAAGGAGAAGAUUCUGAGCGAGGAUGGCAGAAAGCAACAGGCAAAGCUUAAGGAAUUGACCCAUAUAGCUGAGAGGCUCAGCUGUACCCUGCCACAACUUGCCAUCGCCUGGUGCCUCCGUAAUGAAGGAGUGAGUUCUGUUCUCCUGGGGACCUCCAACCCUGCACAGCUCACUGAGAACCUGGGGGCGAUACAGGUUCUUCCAAAGAUCACCGCUCAAGUGGCCUCGGACAUCGACAAAAUCCUGGGUAACCGUCCCCACAGUAAGAAGGACUACCAUCACUAGGCCUUUCUGUGAACCUGUAAGCCUUGAGACUCAGGAUCCCGUGCCAGCCCUCUUGUGUCGGGCGGGUGUCCACAGUGUGUGAUUCCCACCAUUGUGUGUCUGUGUCAACUUCUCCUGCAGAGAGCCAUUGUUACUGUUACAGUAGAAAUGCUAAAGUGUUAUGCAUGCUUCUGUUCGACCUAUACCUGAGCUCAACCUCGCAUUAAGAUCUCUGUGGAGACACACCUGCCUGUGAAGCACAGAAGCUCCUGGACUCCCUCGUCUGUGGGGUUUUGUAUUCAGCUGUCAUAACCCAUAUGUGCCAAAGUGAACAUGGUCUUGACCCUUGACCUCCGGACAUCCAUUCUGAAAAGGGACUAAUGACAGGCCCUUAUGAAUGGCCCUGAUUAUGGUCUAUAAAACAUAAUAUAAGGAAACGCACUGCAUAUCAUUCUGAGAAUGUACAAACUAAGAACUGUGACAUAUGGCAGAGCAGCAUGUAGAGUUCAACUGUGUACAUUGGUAAAAAUGUGUUGGAUUAAAAAGCCAUCAACAGCAAAGUGGGCUGUUAGUGUGUUUAAAUGUUCUCCAAAAAGUUUAACAUCUUUAAAUGACUGUUUGUGUAUGUUUCCUCUGUAAACCCUACAAUUUGUGUCAAUUUCUUACUUCUCCAUUGUUUUAAAUGUACAUUAUAAAAGAAACUUAGUUUGUUCAAAUGCUUAUCCAGUGUUAAAGUUACACUGGUUAAAGAUUUAAAUGCUUGCUGCUGUAUUUAGCAACUUUUGAACUGCUAAGCAGUACAUACUUGAGUCCGGAGAGUGACAGAAAUGCACAACUACUAAAAGCAACUAGUUCAUGUCCAUGACAAAUGGUGUCAAAAUGUUUACAGACUUGAAAAUGAUGAAUCUGUUAAUUAAUGCAUUGUGCAGAGUGCUUUUAACAUUAAAAUAAAAAUGUUGCAUCUCCA